CCACUGUUUACGGAAGUAAAAUAAAACCUGAAGACAGAAUGAGCGACCAUUAACGUGCACGGACUGUAAAUGUUUCUCAUUAAAUGUGCAAUUUAAGUGUUCAAUUAAAUUCCUCAUCCCGUGCUAUGGUUUAAAGAUGGAUUUAUACAAAUACCAUAACGUUACCUUGCAAAAGAAAUGCUUUAGAAAGGGAGAGCUAAUCGAAUAGAACAUUUUUAUAGUUAACACGAAGAUUGCGAUUGCUAUAAGAUUGAUAUAAUGCAGCAGGAUUCUAAAUCUAAUCGUAUACUAGACUUGCAAACAAAUAGUACAAGGUUUAAUGUUCUGGUCGGUUUGACCGGCAGUGUAGCUGCACUCAAGGCGCCUUUGUUAGUAACUCAACUCCUUGAGAUUCCAGGGGUUGAUGUACGUGUGGUCACCACAGACCAUGCAACUCAUUUUUACGAUAUCAGUGAAGUCUCUGUUUGUGUGUACAGAGAUAAGGAUGAGUGGGAGAUGUGGACAAAGCGCUCUGACCCUGUGCUACAUAUCGAACUUAGGCGUUGGGCAGAUCUUUUAGUGAUUGCUCCACUGGAUGCCAACACACUUGGCAAAAUUGCCAGUGGAAUAUGUGACAACCUAUUGACAUGUGUGGUGCGGGCCUGGGACACCAGCCGACCUCUGCUCUUCUGUCCUGCUAUGAACACAGCCAUGUGGAGGCACCCUAUCACUGCACAGCAAGUGGCCACACUGAAAAGCUUCGGCUACGUUGAGAUACCAUGCAUUUCUAAAAAACUUGUCUGUGGAGAUGAAGGUAAAGGUGCCAUGGCAGAGGUUUCAACUAUUGUUGAAACUAUCAAACAGUACACCCAGAAACAUCCUGAAUGACCUUAGACAGGGCCAGCAGGUCGGAAACACAAGGGUUUUAAAUAAAGAACACCUGGUCACAUGAAAACUGGAAGUGCAAGGUGUUGUGGGAAAUCCUUUAGAGACCCAGUUCCUGAAGAAAAAUCACUCCCUGGGGAACAUUCGGUCUUACGGAGGACAUCAACUUGUAUGUAGUUGCAAUCUCAACGACGUGCAAACAAUUAGACACAGUUGACAGAUGUUUAGCAUCAGCACUGUAAACGAAAGAAAUCGGGUAAAAAUGUGUAUUGACAGUAAAGCUUCUGACAGCCAGUUAACUGCCAUUAUUCAUUCCACAUGUCAAUUAUUUUGCAGCUAAAAUAAACACAUUACAUUCUGUUAAUAAAUGACCUAAAUCUGGCUUCCUAAACCAUGACCAACCAUUAACGAGGGCUCAAUAAAUGACAGACAUCUCUGC